ACUUAUUUUCCUUAGAUGAAUUAAUUGGUAACUAUGUUUGUUCAUGCAAGCGUAGACUCACACAAUUUCUUUUUCUUUUUUCUAUCAAAUCUGACCAGAUAGCAGCUUAGUCUUUCAACGACGUGAAGUGAUGGAGGCAUUAUCAUUCCUCAAAGAAAAAGUAUGGGAUCCAUACAUGGGACUCGAGGAAAAAAUGGAAACCCUUAAAAGAAAGAUGGAAGCAUUGAUCAGUCGAAGGGAUGAUGUAAUGGUUCAAGCAAAAGACGUUGAACUCCAUUCAAGUAAGAAACGGAAGACAGAGUUUGACAAUUGGCAGAGCUGCGUACAAAAAAUAGAGCAUGACUUCAAAUGCUUUGAGCUAAAAAUACAACAGAGUUCCAACAUUUCGCGCAUAGGGUUGUCAAAUGAUGCUGAUAAAAUUCAUAAAGAAGUGGAAGAUCUCCUAGACCAAGGUAAAUUUUCUGAAGGGAUUUUGCUCAAUGUAAAUGAAGAAAAGAUACAACCUUUGGUGACAACAAACAUGAAAGGCCAAAUAUUUUACCAGAGUAUGAGGCAGGUUCUAUUGUCUUUGAAUGGAGUUUCAAGUAUUGGCAUUUAUGGAAUGGGGGGUGUGGGGAAAACGACUCUUGCGGAGCAUAUUCAUAACCAUCUCCUCAAAGAUUCAAGAUUCUCAGGUAACGUUUAUUGGGUCACUGUAUCACAAGAUUUUAGCAUUACUAAACUGCAAAGUGAGAUUGCUAAGGCUCUGAAACUUGAUUCAACUGAGGACGACGAUAAGAAAACGGCAGCCAAUUUGUACCAAAGUUUGGAGAGAAAGAUAAACUUUGUGCUCAUAUUGGAUGAUGUAUGGACCCAUUUUGAUGUAAAGAAGGUGGGAAUUCCUUUGGAUAUUGGUGGAGGUAAACUGAUCAUAACUAGUAGAUCGCUUGAGGUGUGUGACCGGAUUGGCUGCCAAAAGAAAGUAAAAGUAGAAACUCUUUCAAUGACUGAAUCUUGGGGAUUAUUUGUGGAGACACUUGAUCACAAUGGAGAUCUUCCAAUGGAAAUAGAAGAAAUAGCAAAGAAAAUGACAAAGAAAUGUGAUGGAUUGCCACUGGGGUUAAUUACUAUGGCUGCAAGUAUGAGAGGAGUGAGUGAUGUUUUUGAGUGGAGGGACGCUUUCGAAGAAUUCAAAGAAUCGUGUAUGCAAAUGGAGACUAUGAAUGAUAAGGUGUUUCCCAUUCUCUGCUAUAGCUAUAACAGAUUGAGGGAUCCAAGAUUACAAAAAUGUUUUCUCUAUUGCUGUUUGUAUCCUGAAGACUCCGAAAUUGAGAGAGAUGAAUUGAUUCAGCAUUUCAUUGUUGAAGGAUUGCUAGACAGAAGGAACAGCAGGAGAGCAGAAUUUGACCAAGGUCAUGCAGUGUUGAACAAAUUGGAAAGGGCAUGCUUAUUAGAAAGUGUUGUGAAUCGUAAUGAAAAAAAGAAAUGUUUGAAGAUGCAUGAUUUGGUGAGAGAGAUGGCAUUGCAAAUUGCAAGAGAUGAAUUUAAGUGGAUGGUGAAAGUGGGAGCACAAUUGCAUGAAGUACCAGGGGAGCAAGAAUGGCCAGAGGACUUGGACAAGGUUGCUUUGAUGAAUAAUGAUUUAAAGGAAGUUUCACUGCCCUUAUCUCAUGUACAUCCGAGGCUUACAACUUUGUUAUUACGAGGAAAUUGUAGCUUGAAUCAAGUUGUAGAACCUUUUUUUGCGCAGAUGCCAGGUCUACGUGUUUUAGAUUUAAGCUACACUGAUAUAGAAAAGUUGCCUAGUUCUGUGUCAAAUCUGGUAAGCCUCUCUGCGUUGCUGCUACAAGGUUGUCUGAAACUCAGAUUUGUGCCGCCAUUGAACAAGCUAAAGAACCUCAUUGAAUUGGACCUUUACGGAACAAUUAUCGAGGAAGUGCCCCAAGGUCUAGAAAACUUGGUUAGUUUAAGAAGCUUGGACAUGAGAAGAGACGGCUUUGCUUGUUUAAGAAGCCUGGACAUGAGAAGAGACGAAACAACAUGGACCCAGGCACCAGUUAUGAAACCAGCUGUAGAUAUAUUAGCUAGGCUCUCUAAUCUUCAAUCCCUUUCGGUUCCUUUUGUUGUACGAGUAGAAGAUUUACAAGGGAUGAGACAGCUAGAGAUAUUACAUGGGAAGUUUGUUGAUGUUUGUAGUUUUAAUAGAUUUGUCAAAUAUCGACAGUCUUGUGGGAAGCCGGCUUUGUUUGCAAUUGCUUUAGAUCCGAAACAAUCUCUUGGUUGGGAAUUAGAUGGUCUCAGUAAAGAUAAUCGAGUGAUUCUAAAGGACCUUGUUCUCACCGGAGACAAUACGGAGAUGCUAUGCCACAAUGAUAUAGGAGAAAGGGGAGAUGUGACUCUUCUACCACUGGACACUCAAGAGUUACUAAUUUGGUGCUGUGAUUUUGGCAGCUUGGACAAUAGCUUGUUAGAUGCUAUUCCAUCUCUUAUUCAUUUCAAAGACUUGAGACAUAUUCAGAUUACACUAUGCAACGAUAUAGAGUUCUUAUUUAGGUUAGCAGAAGCUUUGCCUCCAGUUGGAACCUUUUCUCAUCUCCGUUGCCUUGAAGUUGUAAACUGUAAUAAAAUGAAGAAGCUAAUCCCUAGGUGGUUGCUGCAAUACCUCCUAAAUCUGACGGAAAUUAAUGCAUACUUCUGCUCAGAAAUGGAAGAGAUAAUAACAGAGGAUGAAGAAGAACAAGUCAACCAGUUGUGCGCAAGCGCAGUUGUUCCUUCAAAUCAAAGCAAAAGCAUCAACGAUGAUGAGGUUAUUCUACCAAAUUUGCAAAUUCUUUGUUUAUACGAAUUACCAAAACUCAAGAGCAUAUACAAGGGAAGAAUGACUUGUGGUUCUAUUCGGCGUAUACAAGUUGAUGAUUGUCCGAAGUUGAAGAAACUUCCAUUUACUCUUCCUCUUCGAAAUGGGCAGCCAUCAGCUCCUCCAGCUCUUGAAAUUAUCAGAAUCAAUCAAGAAGAAUGGGAAACUUUGGAAUGGGACCAUCCUCAAUACAAGAAUGUCCUCCUUCCUUUUGUCCGAAACCCCACCUAAUUGUAUAUUCAAACCUCAAGUGUGUGUAUAUAUAUAUAACUAAAGUGCAGCCCGGAGCACAAAGCAUCCCGCGCUCACGCAGGGUCCGGAAAGGGUCGCACCCCAAAGAGUGUGAUAUAGACAGUCUACCCUACGCAAGUAUAGCCGGCGCACAAAGCAUCCCGUAUUAACGCAUGGUACGGGAAAAGCCGCAUCUGAAGGGGUAAUGAUAUAGACAGCCUACCCUAACGCAUGCAUUAGUGACUGUUUCGACGGCUCCAAUCGAUGACCUAUUGAUCACAAGAAAACAACUUUGCCUUUGCUCCAAAGUUCCCUGCCUCACGUACAUAUAUCUACUCAUUAUUCUCAUUUACUAAAUUUUGUAACUUUAGGCUGAAGCAAAUAUAUAAAGACAAAAGCUUCUCGUUACUGAAAUCUAAGAACUGAUUGCCAGCUUUCUAGGAUUUCAAUCAGUAGCAGAUUGUGCCUUGGCGGAGAAGAGCAGCUUAUAAUGGGUCAAUUCACCAUUUUUCUAUGACGAAUCAGAGGCAACUUUAAUUUGGGAUUCCACAAUUUGUGCCGUGGUGGUGGUUGUGGAGAAGAGCAACUUUUUUGUCUGUCUGUUUUUAAAUGGCAGGAAUUUAGAAGCUGUGAUGUGGAAUUCUUGUUAAGUCUGCGAUUCUUCGCGUAGUUAUGAUUUGAAAAAGGAAGUUGCAAUUCUUCUAUGUCAAUUUCCUCAUUUGAACCACGACAUAUUGGGAAGGAAUUCUGAAAUCUAUAAUUAUUAGUACUUGGUUA